AUCCCUUUCGAUGCUCCCCAAACACCUGCUUCUUUAAUCGAUUUCCGUUAUUUCCAAAUCUAGAAAGUUCCGACUCCAUUUACAUUUUUCAACGGCUCAGAUUUAAUUUCGUAACGCUAGCUUUCACCCCUCUUCUUCUUCUCCAUCAUAACAAUAUUAUUUCACACAAUACAAGCUUCUUUCUCACUAUUGCAUUGGCAUUUCACAGACGCCUAAAUAUUUUAUAAUGGCAGAUCAUGUCGGCGAACCUGAACCAGAGGUUGAAUCCUUGAUGGACAAGAUCACGGAGAAAAUCCACCGUCGCGAUUCUUCUUCUUCCUCUUCCGAUUCCGACGACGGAAAACCGUCCAAAGUUGACGCUGUUAAAUCGAAGGUAUUUCGUCUCUUUGGACGAGAGGAACCUGUUCAUAAGGUCUUAGGCGGUGGAAAACCUGCUGAUGUUUUCCUUUGGAGGGACAAGAAAAUUUCUGCUGGAGUGCUUGGUAGUGCAACAGUAAUCUGGAUUUUCUUUGAAUUGCUCGAGUACCAUUUAAUCACUCUAAUUUGCCACAUAGCAAUAUUAUCUCUUGCUGUUCUUUUUCUGUGGUCCAAUGCUUCCACCUUUAUUAACAAGUCCCCACCGCAAUUUACUGUAAUAGUAGUUCCUGAAAAAUGUGUUCUUGAAGUUGCCUCUGUACUGAGAAUGGAAAUCAACCAAGCACUCGGUAUCUUGCGCGAUAUUGCUGCUGGGAAAGAUGUGAAGAAGUUUUUCACAGUAAUUGCUGGCUUGUGUGUGCUGUCAAUUAUUGGUAAAUGGUGCAACUUCUUGACCUUAUUCUACAUAGCAUUUGUGUUGCUGCACAGUGUGCCCGUAGCUUAUGAGAAGUACGAUGACCAGGUUGAUUCUUAUGCGGAGAAAGCAUGGAUUGAGAUCAAAAAGCAGUACGCAGUGUUUGAUGAAAAGGUUUUGAGUAAGAUCCCAACAGGACCAUUGAAGGAAAAGAAAAAAGACUAGAGAUGCGCUUGUAGCAUUUACGAUUCUCGGCAAUUCUGUCUCGAUCGAGGUCAGAGCGGUGCUACACUCCUUUCAUUUUUGUCACAAAAAAAGAACAACUAUUAAAUAAAUUAUAGGCAUAGUUCUAGCAACUUGUACAACUACCUGUUGGAAGGUUCAUACAUUCAUACAUUGCAGACCUUAGACUAUAAUCAAAUUAAAUUUGGAAA